CUGUAACCACGGCGGCCAAUCAGCUCUGGCGGUGCCCGCCGUGCUGCCCAGCGGGCCGCGAGCCUGCUCCCCAAAAUCUGCCCCGUGGAGCGCGCGCUCUGCCCGUCCGCACCGCAACGAGGGCGGGUAAAGUCUAAAUCGGUUCCGGACUGCUGGUCCUCGCGCGCAGCGCUGCUAUAAUAUGUGGCUCGUCGCGGAGCGCGGCUCCCUCUUCUCGGCGUGCAGCCCCCAUAGCACAGUGUAGCUCUAGACGACGACGACGCGAUGACGACCCCGACGACCCCAGACUUUGUCCAGAUCCAAGUUGUAAUCAUCGGCGCCGGCAUCGCAGGCCUGACAGCCGCGAUCGCGCUCAGGCGCGUCGGCCACAAAGUGAUCAUGCUGGAACAAGACUCUGACGUUAACACACAUUAUGCGGGGGGAUGCAGAUUGGCUCCAAACAUAGCGUUGGUGUACAAGCGCUGGGGGUUAUAUGCGCCCUUGAGGGAGAUUGGGAUUAUCUUAGAGCACGCCGAGUUCCCCGGGUUCCACACCGGAACGGUCGCAGCCGGAGGGGACUGGGUGGAGGACAUGAAGGAUGCGUCAGGAGCCAACCACUGGUCUUUGCGCUACGAAGACUUCCGCAAGGUGCUCGCAGACACUGCCAAAGCAUCUGGCGUCGUCAUCCGACUGAACUCCCUAGCCGUCUCCAUCACCGUCAAGCCCGAAAAAGCAGCGGUCAAGCUCGCCUCCGGAGAACUCAUCGUCGGCGACCUCGUGGUCGCUGCAGACGGCAGGGACGAAGUCGAGGGAAAACGGCCAGUCUCACGGCCGAUGAUGCUCGGUGACCAAGAUCACGCAAAAUUCAAGAGGCUGAUGAUGUACAAUGCCCUUAUCCCCGGCUCAGCAAUGCGUUCAGACCCCGCCCUAGCGCGCUUCCUUCCCAAAGGCGUCGAGCAAGGCUCUGUUAUUCUAUGGCACGGCGAUUCAUACGGCGCCAUCGGAUUCCCCACGAGGAUGGACGAGUUCUGCAUACACGUCUACUGCCCCGCGGCCGAGCCCGCCCACGACUCAAUACUCAUGGCGGGGCCGGCCGACCUCCUGAGAGCGAUGGAAGCAGGCAAGGCGGAGCCUCAGUUGAAAAAGCUCGCUGCAGCUGCGCACACGGUGGUCGGGAUCCCGGUGCGGGACCGUCCAUCCCUCGAGGACUGGGUCCACCCCGACGGGCCCAUGAUCGUCAUCGGAGAGGCCGCGCACCCGCUCACAACGGGCGCGCUCACCGCGCUCAACCUCGCCGCGGGCGACGGCAUGCUCCUCGGCCGGCUGUUCAAGAACCUCCACCGCAAGGAGCAGAUCGGCAGCUUCCUCAGCGCACUGGUGGAGAACCGCCAGAAACGCAUCACGGACGUACGCAACGCGGAGCGCCUCAACCCCGCGACGCUCUCGCUCCCCGCGGGCGUCGACCAGGCCCGCUACCUGAAGACGACCGUCCAGCACAUGGGCGACGAGGGCAUCCAGGCCUUCGGGGAGGAGGUAUGUCCCGCACGCCUUUUGGGCUUCGUGUUGCUGAGUGUGCCGCAGGCCAUCCGGAACACGUUCUCGUACGACCCCGAGGACGAAGCAGACACCUGGUGGGUCGAAUGGGGCCUCCUGCAAGAACGCGCCGCGAAGAUCACACCCAUCACCCCGCUCAACCUCAGCUCCGACGUGCACGCACGCACGCACAGUAUCUCCUGAGCACCCUCGCCGCGCCCGCCGCCACCGCAACUCAACCCUCCCUCCGUUCGCUCGGCAUGACAUACGACUUAUAUGACACAUGUUUUCACUUAGGUCUUGGGUGGGACUCUGCAGCAUUCUCUUAUACCCUGUAGCACCCGUCGCUCGGCCACCGCCUUCCGGGAUGGACAUUCGGAUGAAGUGUAUGCUCUCGUUUCGUUGCAGCCCUAUAGCUAUUAUGCAGUGUAUCCAGUACCGCGAAGGUGUCCCUUGCUCGGAGAGCAAGGCUCUCGCAGGUCGAAAUGAACGCUACCCCUUUCGACCGUUGUUGUUCGUUGUUUGUAUUUCUCGCCAUACCAGUCUUAGGGUGCCUUGUGUCGUCAUCAUCGUCCAACCUGACACCUCACG